AUGCUCACCGCGCUCGUCUGUCUCCUUCCCACCCUCGCCACCGCUCGCGCCCACUCGCUCCUCCUUACCCCCUCGGCACCCUCAGACGCGCUCCACGACUGUAUCGCAUCAUCCUAUCGGGGACACUAUGCGGGCCAGCAUGCUUAUCUCAUUACAAAGGGCUGCUCCUCCUCAGCAUCGCUGGGCCUGCUCGACUCAGGCUCCUUGACGCCCUUGGAGUCAGAAGAUCGCAUCGUCUGGGUGGGUCCCUCCAACGUGCGCCCUUCCACCCCUUCCACUCUCCAAGACAUGCUAUCUGCAUGGGAGAUCAUCGACAGCACGGCCAGCAGCCUCCUUUCCCAACAUGGUGAGGACGUACAGACAUCAUUCUCCCACGACACGUAUGAGGUUUUACUUGACCGUGUGCCCUCCCUCGUCCACGCAACGGAAACUGGCCUAUUCCUCUCGGUUCCAAGCAGCAUCCUUCCCGUGCUCGACACCCUUCUCCCGCCCCAUCUCACACCCGUUGCGCUCCCGUCAUACUCUUUGCCGCUACCGAGCUCCUACGGGAACCGGUGGGGAGUGCCAGAGGCGAAGGCGGCCCACCUCGCCAACAUCACGAAGCAUCUUCAGUUCAACACCAGGUUAGCGGCGAUUGCGUCCACCAUAUCCGCAAAGGAGAUCCUUGAGGAUGUCCGCUACCUCACAGGUGAGAGGCAAGACAGCGACAUUCAGUCGCGGCAUUCGUUCCACCCCGACUAUCUCAAAGCCUUCAGUUGGGUCCGCCGUCAAAUGGGUGCGUUGGGUAUCGAGUGCUCUCCUUAUCUGUACGAGGAGGGCUUCGGUCCCGGCCUUCUGUGCUCCAUCUAUCCUGAAACGGGCUCUGAGGAUCACGUGAUCAUAUCCGCGCAUCUCGACUCCCGGGGGUCUUUUGGCAGCCUGCGUGCUCCUGGAGCCGAUGACGACGGGAGCGGUAGUGCUCACCUCCUGGCUAUAGCGCGGGCGAUCUCGCAACACAACGUUACCUUUGAACACCCUGUCACUCUUGCCUUCUUCACUGGUGAGGAGCAAGGCCUCGUCAUGUCAAGUCAUUUCGCGCAUACUCUCAAGAAGGAGAACGUCAGUGUGCAGCUGAACGUUCAAGCGGACAUGCUGGGCUAUCGAGUUCCCGGCGAGCCAUUGCAGCUUGCUCUUCCCGCUACUAUUGACCUUCCCGAAGCGUCAUUCCUGGUCGCGAACCUCUCACAGCUAUACGCGCCUGAGCUGGUAGUGGGACGUACGGCUGCGUGUUGCUCUGACCAUCAGAGCUUCCUUCAGCUCGGGUUCCCUGCAACACAGGUCUUCGAGCGUAAUGGGUGGAUCGCGGACCCAAUGUACCACAACAGUGGUGACUUGAGCGAUCGUGAAGGUUACGACGCGGAGCAGAUCAAGUCCAUCGCCAAGGUCACCAUGGCAACACUGUUUGAAGUUGCCGGAUGGCAGCAGGGCAAGUAA